GAAGCGAAACGAGCGCGCGGCGAAUGCGCACACACACACACACACAGACACAGACACACCACUUGUGACUGGUUGGCUAAGCUUCCUCACAGACGAUAAUAUCACACAGCACAGCUUCUCGUGAAAGAGAGAAAGAGAGGGGAUAGCCUACCAAAGAGAGAGAGAAAGAGAGAGAGAGAGGGGAUAAAAUUAAAAGAGUUCACUCACCUUCUCCCGCUCUUCCUCGUUCUCCUACAACCUCUCACGUCUUCCGAACCAAGGGCAAAGUCGGCCCAAGUCUGUCUGACAGCAGGAGCGGGUCAGGAGGAGACAUUUAUUCUGGCACGAGUGAGGUGGUUCGUUCGUUCUUCAUUUUGAACAUCGCUUUCGCCCGAAAUCGCACGUGUGUCCGUCCGUGUGUGUGUGUGUGUGAAGUGGGGGUGUUUUCUUACCUAGUGAAAUAGCUGUUCGGAUUGGAUAAAAUACGUACAUUACUGGCGACCUCCCCAGCAGCAGAGCUCUGUCCGACUCGUUCAUGGAAGAACACUGUGUGUCCGUGGAAGGAAUAGAAUCCGCCGAACACAUCAAGGAAGCUAGUUCAGCUGCCUUUGCUGACCCGUCUGUACCAAACAAAUUAGAGUCGAAACCUACGCCUGCUGUUCACGGAAUGAACGACUGGAGACCUUUUCUCUACGGCGGACUAGCUUCCAUUACAGCCGAGUGUGGAACGUUUCCCAUCGAUACUACAAAGACUCGUCUUCAAGUGCAGGGCCAGGUGAUCGAUGCCAGACUGCAGACGCUCAAGUAUCGGGGCAUGCUCCAUGCCUUCCUCAAAAUUUUCAAAGAGGAAGGUGCCCACGCUCUCUACUCAGGACUGGGACCGGCUCUAUUGCGUCAGGCGACUUAUGGCACCAUCAAGAUUGGGGUUUAUCAUACGCUCAAGCGUUCGUUGAUAUCAGACCCAGCCAAUGAGACGUUGGCCAUCAAUGUGUUCUGUGGCGUUGUGGCAGGAAUCACGUCCAGUACUAUAGCAAACCCGACUGAUGUCCUCAAGAUUCGAAUGCAAGCCCGGGGUUCUCAGCCGACUGCUUGUGACAACAUGCUUUGUUCGUUUGUGAAAAUCUACAAACAAGAAGGAGUUGCUGGCUUAUGGAGGGGCGUCGGUCCGACUGCUCAGAGAGCUGCUGUGGUCGCUGGAGUGGAGCUGCCUGCCUAUGAUAUUUUCAAGAAGUACAUUAUUCUCUCAGGAUACCUCGGGGACACCAAAGAAACUCAUUUCCUGGCAAGUUUUCUGGCUGGGUUUAUCGGAGCGCUUGCAUCCAAUCCCAUCGAUGUGUGCAAGGCGGCAAUGGCGGCACAAACCAAAUAUCCCACCACGCUUACCCCGAGUGAGGCCGGCCGCCGGCAUCCACCCAGCCAUGCCGGCGCGCCACCACCACCACCCCCCUAUGGAGCAGGAUGAGAUCAAAAAAUGAUGAAGUUUCCUGGUGACGUUUUCCUUCCAAGGACCCGUCCUCCUCCUCCUCCUCCUCCAUCUCGCCUGUUGCAGUUUCUGUGUCGCCGUUAGUUUCCAUAAACACCAUCAUAUUUCUCGUCUUUUUGUCGUGGCGCUCGUUGUUUUUGUUGUUGUUGUUGUUAGUGUCAUAAUGUACUGUUUUGUCUCGUUUUUUGUUU